GCGCUCGCGCCAGUACAGCGGCAGAGUGCUCGGUGGCUUCGUCGUGUCCGCAUAUACAAGCCCCUUUACCGUCCAAAAAAGAAAGAAAAAUAAAGAACUCGCUCGCGCGUUUCUCUCCUUUUUUCUACUGUACACACACGGGGGCAAAUACGCAGCGCAAGUAGUACGAGUCAGUGAGCGCGCGCAGUGUGCCGGAGAGUGCUUUUUUUAUACCCAGUAUAAAAGUGCGAGCUUUUAGGAGAGAGAGAGAGAGAGAGAGAGAGAAGCGCAACUGGUGUUGACGCUCUUGGUGAUCUUUCGCAGCAUCGAGGGAGAGAUAGAGAGUGAGGGUAUUCGAGUGAGGAUACGAUGACGAUGAAGUGGUGCGCGAUUGUGUGCGGGAUCGUGGGGAUGCUGCAGGCUGGUGCCUUAGGAGCCGUCGCCGAGGACGCGAUGCUCAACCAGUGCAGCGAGCUCAAGGCUCAGGAACAUCUGGAUCUUACAGAGGUAAUGGGCAAGUGGUACGUCGUGGAAGUAAUCGAGCACAGGAACGAGCAGAGACAAGGAGCAGCGGCGGCCGGGAGCAGCGGAGGCACGUUUGCCACAUCCAUGGUGAAAAUCGAUGCCUGUCCCAUUGUCAAGCUGAGGUCGAUCGAGAGGCCCGGUGGACCGCCUCGAUUCAGUCUUCUCUGGGAGGAGAACGCGGGUACCCUCGAGUACACAUUUUGGGUGUCCCCCAGCCGGGGACGCGGAGUUUGGAACUCUGACGUUAUACAGAACGGUACACUAGCCGACAAGCCCACGUACAAGCAGUUCGUCGGCACGGUCCACGUGAUGAAGGCCGUGGCGUCGCACAUGGUACUGACCUUCUGCACGCGAGACACCCAAGGCCAGCGUUUCUCCGUCCUGGUGGCUCGGGAGCACAAGCUCCCCAAGAUUGAGCUUCAAGGCGUCCACAAGCUCCUCGAGCGGCGCAAGCUCCAGCUGCUCAACAUUCGCGAGAGCUGCACCAACGGCUCGGCGGGUCCGAGUCUCCUCGGCUCGUCCCUCGUCCUCCUCGGCCUCGUCUACGCGGUGCUUAGGAACAACGUAGGGUAUUAAGUUACGCGUGGCUGUUAUUGUGUUAUACAGUCGCGAGGAAAAUGUUCAUUCUCGAUUCGCAGCUUUCGUUGUUAUCGUCGUCGUUGUUUUUUCUUUCCGGGGGAAAUUCGAACUCGCGGAUAUUUAUUCUCGGUUUUUGCUGUUGAGUGGCGUGGAUAUUCGAAUUCGAGGGAGGAUUUUCAUUCGUAGAGGGGGAGAGAGUUUUGUAAAUGGUCGCAGCCGAUUUUCAUUUCUAUAUAGGCUAAAUGUCGCGCGUGUCGCGGGAAAAUUCUGUGAAUUUUCGCGACAGCCCGGCUACCCGGUAUAACGAUGAUAAUGAUCACUGGAAAUGCGGAAGCGAGAGAGGGAGAGGGUAAAACAUUGAAAUUUAUCGGAAAAUCAUGCAGACGGCUCGAAUGCGGGCUCGUUUAGAAAAGUAAUCGAUUUUAAAAUUAAGGUUUCACAGGCGUUUAGUAGUGAAAAUACGUAUAUGAAUAUAACUGAAAAUACAUAGUGAGGACUUGACGAUAUUAGGUCGGCUAAUAUCGCGUCUCUGUACGUGUGUUGUUAGAGCUUUGAAGAGGGGAGAGUUUUUCGGAUGCCAGAGAGGUUGGGGUUGCUCUCUCGCAAAAGAGUUAUAAAGCUCCGUUAUUUACGAUUUUAAUCUGGAAGUGUGUGCGUCGCCCGCUCUUUUUGCGUCCGGCUGUGGCAGUUAUGUGUCUCUCUGUCGCGGUAAUUUGUUUUUGUUAUUGAAACGCUCUUUUGAAAGUAUAUACUCUUGGAAAAAUUUGAUAAAACGUUUAUACGCGGUGAAGCUUUCUCUCGUUUACACAAAAGCGACCGAUAUUUCUACCUACAAUUAUUAUGUUGACCAAAAGGAUACACACUUAGCAAUGAAUGAAAACUAUCUUAUUAAUAUCAAGAGCCCAAAGAAAAGAACCAAAGCCGAAGAAGCGGAUGCUGUGCCGGUAAAUAAUUCUGUAAACGCAACCGUAACGUCUCUCGUACUUAAAAAAUGGACUUUCCGCUCGUGGCACGUAUCAAAGAAAGAGUUUCUUGCUGGCACACGCGAAAGAGAGAGAGAGAGAGAGAGAGAGAGAGAGAGAGAGAAAAUGGAAAAUUCCCCGGCGUCUACUUCGACGAGGCGACAAAGCGACGACAGAUGGAACGCGAUCGAGCUUGCAAGAUCCCCAGACUUUUUCGUCCCUCGCUCACUCUUUCUCGAAGCCAAAGCAAAGAUGCCGGGAAGAACACGCGCGAGAAAUGAGCUACGGAGGAGAAAAAAACAGAGCAGGCUACUAGUGGCAGCGAUUUAUCGAGCGACGUAACAAGAGCGCCUUGAGGCGUUUUCAAUAUUCCGUAAUUUUAUAUUCUCCAGCGGAGAGGGCGAAAAAGGGUUGAAUUAUUAUGCCCCGAGAUAUGAAAGGCGAAUUUUUUACACGCAACUUUUACACACAGUUUGCACGCACUCAAUAUUUGGCCGCGCCGGUGUGACGGUAUUUUUUACGAGUGUUGACUGCUCCGAUUUUUUAUUCUUCUCCAUUUUACCGACCAAAAAGCGCGUUUUAGGUUUUUUAGAUGCUUUAAAGGACGGAUUUGAGAGCGAACUCGAAAUCACAAUGACGCCCUUUCGAUAAUACAUAUCAUCUUUGGAUUUUGUAAAAGAGUACAAAUACAAUCUUCGAUGCAGACUAGUUUCAGUUUGAAUAACAGAUUACACAACAGCUUCUGCAUUCGUAACGUGAUAUAUCGGAAAAUUCGCUCCCAACGAUCAGGAGUUUCUUCGUAUAAAAUAUGGACGAUAUAUAGCCGAAUAUCGAUAAAACAAAAGUAUACGCGAGGUCCAUAGUAAAUUUACAACGGUAACCAAAUUGUUGUGCACAACGAAUGGAAUCGAUACCGAACCAUCAGAUAAGUGCAGUCGCAAAAUAUUAGCCGGUUAAAAGAUUUUCUACGCAACAAAUAUUUCAAUCUCUAUUGAUUUCGAGCGCUCUUAAAUCAGAACUGACGUAUACGGUAAAAAUUUGAAAACCGUCUGCACUUGACGUUUAGCUUUUACCUACCAACCUUACUGCCUAUACGUCGAGCGAACUAUUUCGCGUUUGUGGAAAGGAAAACAAGCCUGUCGCGCAUUUUAAAUCUUUACUCCUUGACAACGGUUUAAAGUGCUUUUAUUGUCCAUGUUCGGAAUUGAUAUCGAGAGGAUUUUUUAAAAAUAAUCAAGAUUCUAGCUUCAUUCAAAAUUGUAAAGAAAAUAGAGAAAUCAUACGAAAAAUAAAAUAGGAUACAUACUCAUAGUCAUCGUGUCUCAUUUAAGUUUCAUGUGUGAGGCUCUUUUAGUCAACCAGAGCUUUGGCCAUAAUAGCUAUAAGUGUCUUCUUAUUUAUACACUAUUGUACAAAUCUUAUUUAUAAGAUCAUCAGUCGACAACGUAUAAAAAAAUCACGCAUAAUUUAGCAUACUCUCGCUGAAUGCAAUUGUUGUCUUUGCAUAGUUUUUAAACUAAUCAAUGAAUAUAGCACCACAUAUACUGGUCGAUAAAAAUCAAAAGUACUUUUAAAGAAUGUGGCACCAUUCGUCAAGAUGCCAAACUUAGAAAUCGCAGGGAGAUGUGUUAUGGUCGUAGAAAUUAUAUUUUAAAUUGAAUAGUCUAUCUAAAUAGUUUGAAUAACUGAGUAAUUUGUUUUUAAAUAAUUGAAUUCUGCGGCUCCUCCAUUGUAGAAUCAUCAAAUAUUAUACGUUAAAACAUAGAUUGAAAAUAACCCCGUUUAUUAUUCAAACCAUUUAGAGCUACUCUCUCGUCAUACUUUAAUCGAGAGUUUAAUCGACAAAAGCGAAUUACCAGCAUUAAAAUAAAAGCGGUAUACCAGAGUAAUUUACCAACGUCGUAAUAACACAUAUUAUGGAGGAAGAUCAACGCAGGGAACCUUUGCCAUACUACGUUAUCCCAUAAAAAAGUUAAUUUCCCCAACAAAGCCGUUGUCCACUUCCAUAUCAAGCACACGCAAAGUUAACGAAGAGAGGACCGCGCGCGGGGGGCCAUUUGUUACAAUAUAACUUUAUAGGAGGCGGUCCGGACGUUGUACAAAUGAGAGCCGGCAAAACUAGAUUCGGUUUUUCCCGGCUACUCGUCGUUGAUCGAUGAACGUCUUUUUCCCUCUCGUCCCACCUUCCCCCGAGGAACCGACGGUCCUCCUUUAAAAUUCCCGUUUUUCCUCGAUCCGCGUGCGCGGCGCUUUCUAGCGUUCACUCCUUUGUUUUCACCUCGUCGAUCUUUCUCCGGUCCAUAUAGUCCCGGCGAUCGACCGACACUAGACGUAUAAGUCGUCGUCGUCGUCGCUCUCCUCCUAUCACACGCUGUGUAGUGCGCGUAUUAUACAUACACGGACAUACUCUAGGAAUAAUUACAUUAUUGUAUCGUCGUGUGAGCGAGAAGAAUUGAGAGAGAGGGAGAGAGAAAGCUGUCUUGUUUGAUGAUAAGGACUGCGCUUACACCGGACGCUGAUAAGGUAUAUAAAGGGUGUCGUGCUGAGCUUGUCAACGAUGUUUUUGUACGAUUAUAUUGUAUUGUUGAAGAUUCGGAUUGUAUUUCGUUUGGAUUCGUCUGAUAGGUGUAUAGGUCCAAUUUAACGUGUGUUCAAAGAUUUAUUAUACGAUUCGUUGUUGAUAUAACAGAUGAAACAAUUAAAGUGAGAUGAUAAUUUUCCCGUUUUUGCAUUAGACCAUGACAAUAAAAUUAUAACAGUGUUGAAUUGUAAUCUCUGGUAUGGAAAAUUCAUCGUCAAAAGUACAUUGUAUUCAAGAGUCCAAAUGUUAAAAUUACGUAUAUACCAAAGAAACUAUUGUUUAUUAUUGAAAUGCAUCAAUUAUACAUAUAUACGAAAAUUGUUGACUGUAUGAGAACUUGCAAUUUGUAAGAUUCUAUUAUGCUCUCUCUCUAUAUAUAUAUAUGUAUAUGAAGGACUAACCAAAUAUUAAUUAUACUCUGAAAGAAGCCCUGAUCGGAAAAAGUUAUUUAUGCAACUUUAUUGUAUACCCAAAUAUUAUAUAAUAAAUUAUUAUAUGUCACAUGGUCAUCACUAUACCAAGUAAGUUGAUUUAUCUGUGAAUGAUAAAUAAUUUUUUCCAGGGUCGUAUAAUAUGCUUGUUAUUUGUUCGAAUCGCGAUUCAUCCGUAGAACGAAUUGAAAAUUCUUGUAAAGAUAAUGAUGUCCAGUGCAAGGGCAGUCGGAAUCGGAUUAUAUCGAAUUUCCGAGGGACGAUGCCUGCGUAUAAAGUUAUGUUUUUCAUCGAUUGAAAGUGUUUAUUUAUUGUACAAAUGCUCCACCGUACAUAACUUAGUACUUUGGUAUGUAUAUCUUUGUAUGCUUAAUAAGUGUAUAAAAACUGCAGAACAAUAAAGGGGUGAUUGUGAUGUUUAA